CGCGCUGUUCUCCCACCACUCCUCUGAGCUCAACAUCAUGGCGGAGAUCAAAACGCUCGCCGGCAACAUGACCUUCACCGAGUGCCCGCGCUGGCACGAAGGUCGGUGGUGGUUCUCCGACUUCUACACGCACGCGAUCUACAGCAUGAAGUCCGACGGAUCUGACCUCAAGAAGGAGGUCGACGUGCCCGCACAGCCGUCCGGCCUGGGUUGGCUUCCCGACGGCCGCCUGAUCUUCGUCUCAAUGAAGGACCGCAAGGUUAUGGCGCGCGAGGCAGACGGCUCGCUAUCAGUGCACGCCGACGUGUCGUCGUACGUCACUGGCCACCCGAACGACAUGGUGGUAGGCCCCGACGGCGUCGCGUACCUCGGCAACUUUGGCUUCGACCUCAUGGGCGGCGCGCCGCCUGCGACCGCUAACUUGCUGCGCAUCGCGCCAGACGGCUCGGUCAAGAUCGCGGCCGAGGGCCUGCAUUUCCCCAACGGCAGUGUGAUCACGCCUGACGGGCGCAUGCUCAUCGUCGACGAGUCCUUCGGCAACCGCACCUCCGCGUUCGACAUCACGUCUGACGGCCUGGGGCCGCGGCGCGACUGGGCCGUCUUCGGACCCAUUCCCAAGCAGGCCCAGGAUAGAAACUACGUGCCGGACGGGUGCGGUCUCGACGCUGAAGGCGCGCUGUGGAUCGCCGACGCUGGUGGCGGCCGCGUCUGCCGCGUGCGCGAGGGCGGAGAAAUUCUCGAGACUAUCGAGCCCGGUACCGGCGUGUUCGCAUGCAUGCUCGGCGGUGAGGACGGGCGCGACCUCAUCAUGUGCUGCGCCCCCGACUUUUACGAGCACAAGCGCAGCGCCUCUAAGGAGGCUGAGCUGAGGGUUGUGCGUGUUAAAGUGCCGCGCGCCGGGUGGCCCUAACCGUGACAUGGAGCGGGAGUUGAAGCUUGGGCGUCACCAUGCUGCGCUCGCCAUUGUAUGAAGGAUACGGGAGGUACAGCAAAGGGAGCAUAUGAAGGCAGUUGACAGUA